UGUUAUUAUAAUGGUGACUUUCCUGUCAAUAUUUUAGCUGUUAUUUAUUUUGGUUGAUGAUAGUGGACUAUUUUUGACGAUCAUCAUGCCACAGUGUAUAGGGUCUUCAUCUAGGCUCUUUGGUAGCUCCGGUCCACGUCGCUAUCGCACCCGUGCACUCACCUCUCAUGUGGAUGAGAGCCUCUUUGGAACCCAAAAACAGGCUCUGUCAGCCUGCAAUGUCAAGGACACUGAGAGGGGUGCCCGGUUUGGACCCAGGGGCCAGUCCAGGACUGCUCCAAGUCAGAAGACUCAGAAACUAGAGACAGUUCGCAUCAUCACAAAGGACCUCAUUCGAGACCUGAAGAUCCCAAGUAAGGAUCCGUCUGGGUUGUCUGUCAUCCUCCGCCCAACUGAUAUCGAGCGGAUAGCAACAGCUUCUCUGGUUUCAACCAAGGAGGAGCGGGAGUUCACGUUGGAAUCCCAGAGGAGGGAGAGAGAAGCAGCUAUGGAUGCUGCUGAGGAUAGGAAGGCCCAUAUCCGCCAGGCUGACCUAUCUCGUCAAAAGAACCAGGGCCUAAGUGAACUGGAGGCCGAGGCCAAGGAAAGAGCUCAGUACCUGCUGGAGAGGGCCAACGCCAUGAGGAUGGAGCAGGAGGACGAGGUCAAGAAACUCAAUGAGUUGAUCCUGGGUGCCCGGUGUCACGCGGUGAGGGAUGCCCAGAUCCUGGAGAGGCAGCAGAUCCUGGCUGAGCUACAGGAGGAGGAGAGGCGGCUGGAUGCCAUGAUGGAGGUGGACCGCAGGAGAGCCCUGGAGGCCCAGGAGCAAAUCGACGAGCUGCGCAAACACCAGAGGAUCCAGGGAAAGCAGCUGAUUAUAAACCAGAUUGAGGAGCGUCUGGAGGACAGGAUGCUGCAGAAUGAGAUGAAGGAGCAGGAGGGCCAGCAGAUGCUGGAGAACCUGGAGAAGAUGCAGAUGGAGGAGCUGGAGGCUCUGGAGAGGAAGGAGGAGGAGCAGCAGCGUCUGCAGCAGGAGAUCCUCCGUAUCAACGAGGACAGCCUGCUGGCCAAGGAGCGCAACAAAGAGGAGGAGAGACUGGCCGACCUCCGGGCUAUGGAGUACACCCACAAGAAAAUGGAGCGGGAGGCUGAGUACGAGGCUGAACAGAGACGCAUCAAGAGAGAGAAGGAGAAGGACGUGGCCAGACUGCGAGCCCUACAGGAGAGAGAAAAAGACCACAAGGCAGAGCAGGAUGAGCUUCGAGCCAGGAGGAACCAGGAGGGAGCAGAGAGGGAUUGGAGGAGAAAAGAGAAGGAGCAGCUCAAAAAGAAGGCGGAUGUUGAGGAGAGGUUGAAGGCAGCUCGCUUGGAGCAGGUCACACAUAAGGAGCACCUCCUAUCCAUCGAGGCUGGGCGAGAGAGGGCUGAGUUUGACAGGUUUUUGAGGGCCCAGCAGGUAUCCAUCUGUAAGGAGAAGGACAAGGAGGAGAAACACAGGAUCAAGGUGUUGCGUCACGCUGACGGGGUGCGCCAGCAGGUGAGGGAGCGGGAGAUGCAGGCCAUCGCCCUGCGCAGGGAGGUCUACAAAGAGGGAGACCGGCUGGACGAGGAGGCCCGCCAUCGCCGCAUCCGCCUUGAUGAGAUCAAGGAGAAGAAGCUCAGGGAGCUCAAGGCUGCUGGACUUCCAGAGAAGUAUUGCAAUGAAGUGGAGAGACGGGUCCAUGCUCUCCCUGCUCUGGCUCACUAGCAUGACUGACAGACUGCAACACAAACCCUGAUCUUUAUCAAAGAUUUCACAACAGAGAUAAAUUGGCACUGCCAUCACACUUUUUGACAGGGUAGAGAAAAUAAUUAGUACAGGGUAUAAAUAUA